AUGGAAUAUGGUCUUCGGUAUAUGAAGAGUAGCACGUCUGGAAUUGUGUCGAUUGGACAGCAGGAAAUGAUUCUUGAGUUAAUUGAAGAUAAAAAGAAUUUGAACGAGUUAUAUGAUAAGCUGAACACAUUGAAAGGGCAACUGUUUGAUUUAAACAAUUUCGUCAUCGCCAUUGAUGCGAAUUUUUGUAAAAUUAAGAAUGUGUUUUCGUGGUAUGACCGCUGGUUUAAGAUUUCAUCCCCGGGGGAGCAAAGCGCCACCCCGUCACAACAGCAUAAGAAAAACUACACGGUGAAUGCCCCAUGCAUGGAAUUCCCCCUUGAUCAGGCUAGCGGAGUGGAGAUGGCUAACGCUGCAAAUGGGGCUAACGCUGCAAAUGGGGCUAACCCUGCAAAUGGGGCUAACCCUGCAAAUGGGGCCGCUAACCUCUGUAGCGUUGCGGCGCAGGGAAGUGUCCCGCAAGAUGUACAAAAUACCCCGCAAACGUGUGAAACGAAGAAGGAGAACAGCGCCAACAAGUACAUAUGCCUAGGCCCCAGUGUGCACAAAAGCUUGAAGGAGUACUUGAACGCUGAGUUCGAAAAGGAAGACAAAAAUUUCAAACUCAAUUUGGUAAAAGAGAAAGCGUACAAUGGAGUUUUGUGUGGCCUAAAGAGUACGGAUGUUUCAUACCUCAAGCUAACUGUUAAAGUACCCUCAGGAUAUGAACAUGAGGAUUACUGUGCCCUCUUGCUCCUUCGUGAAUUUUUUUGUAUGACGGAAGGCCCCCUAUACAACAGCAUUCGUGGAGGAGGGUUCGCUUAUGAAUGUGCCUUAGACUUUAACGCUAUUCAUGGGGAGCUCAGCUUGAGAAUUUAUAGGUCCAGUGAUAUUAUUAGCGCCCUGAAGGAAGCACUUCACAUUUUUGACCACUACUGCAAGAAUGAAAUGAAGGAAGAAGAUAUUUCUCUUGCAAAGAGCAGCGCCUACUACACCAUCUUUAACAACCAAGAAACGGUCUCAGAUAGAGCUUCACAAACGAUAUUUUUAAGUAUAAAAAAUUUGCCCCUGAAUUUUUAUAAUAAUAUAUUAAGGAAGAUUGAAAACAUAACGCCGAAAGAUCUGCAGGGAAUUUGCCACAAGUACUUGUCUCGAAUUGUGAACUUCAAAAUUGACAAGAGUAAUGCACUCAUCGGGUCGACCCUCUGUAUCAUAUGUUGCUCCGAUAAGAUGGAGGAGAUCGUUGAUAAGCUUAGGAAGGACGUGAAGGUGGGCCCCAUAUCCUCCCUCAGCGUCGCGCAACUUUUUCACUUUUUCAAGGACUACGAUAUUGGCGCGGCGCUUGGCACGGGGGGUUCCACCGUUGAUGGGGUUAGCGGUGCAGUGGACAAACCUGUGUGCUUGGCCAAUGUGGACGACGAUGAGGAGGAUGAGGAGGAUGAUCAAUGUGGCGAUGGUGCUAGUCCUGGGGAGGAUGACGACUCCUCCGGUUCGUCGGCCGACUCCACCUGCUCCGUGUUGUCCGAGGACGACAGCUACCCGGGGUACUCCGAGGGGUAG